CUUAAAACGUAAGCAGCAGAACCGCAGUCGGCGGGCGGUCGUGUCCCAGGUGAGAGAAAAUAGGGAGGACCUAAACCAGCCCCAGAAGCAGGAGGUGAGAGUUGCAUACCUCGAGUCUGUCGUCGCUUACCUCACACGCCAGUGCCAUGCAAUGCAGGAUGAGGCGGAGAAGCUUCGUUUGGAGCUGGCGAAUCAAAAGAGGAAAGAGCUGGGGCAGCUGAACAUUGUCUGUGCAAAACUCAAAGAAACCCAGAAGUCCCAGCGGGAGAUGAAGCUGCUGCUUGACAUGUACCGCUCAGCACCCAAGGAGCAGAGGGACAAAGUCCAACUCAUGGCGGCUGAGAGGGCCAAGUCAGAGGCUGAAGGACCUGGAAAAGAGGGAGUGAAGGGAAGGCAAGAAAAUGGCUGAUGGUGAGGCCCUGAGCAAAAUUCGUUCCAUAGAGGAGCAGAUCAACAUCCUCAACAAGACACUUUCAAUAGUGAAACAGGAGGAUGCCUUGCUCAGGGAGAUGGACGUGACAGGCAAGGCAUUUGAGGACAUGCAGGAGCAAAACAUCCGACUGAUGCAGCAGCUCAGGGAGAAGGAUGAAGCCAACUUCAAACUGAGUGAAGAGGACUACCCUCUUGAAUACCAACCUAGGGUAAUGCCCCGCCUCCUGUGGAGCUGUUGAUUGAGCCCAGGUGACCCAAAUUCCUCAUCAGCUGGGUAUAUACCUUGGAGAGAGACACCCAACAGUUCCAGUGGGCCAUUGUUGGCAACCAGCGUGAGACAGAGAUGGACAAUGGGCCAUUGUUGUCAACCAGAAAGCAAGCUGUUGUGUCAAGACUCUGUACUCCUUGAGAAGGAGGAUGAAACCUGUGUUAGUGUUCUUGUUUCUUUCUUUUUUGGUCUGAUCUGAGUUUGUUUUGUUUACUAAGCCUGGUUAGGUAAGAGCCAGCAGCUUCAGUUGCCUUGUUUUAUUUCUAUA